ACGCGGACAGCCAAGCCAGGAGGACUGCAAGCGGUAGAGGUACGGGCAUCAUGUCCGAGUACGGUAUAGAGUUUGUAGACCCAGAGGCGACUGUUCCACCUCAUGGACGUAAUCGACACUCUGCCGUUGUUGUCGGGACAAACAUGAUGGUCUUUGGUGGUUAUGCUGGUCGCCGUCUCGCUGACGUCCAAGUCCUCAACUUAGAGACCAUGACCUGGGCAUCUGAAGUCAAGGUUGUGGGCGAGUCAUCGGUGACCGGGACUGGGAGAUGGGGUCAUACUGCUGUGGCACUCGGAGCCAAGGUCUACUUCUUUGGCGGCUUUGUGGGCGUCCGGACCUCGGAUUUGCUCGUCCUCAACACCGAAGUCGCUGACAAGACCAAGAAGAAGAAGAAGAAGAAGACUGGUGGGAAGAAGAGAGAGACUCCGCAGCUGUCUGCAGGUCGUCGUCGCGGCCGUGCUUCUGCCGGAGGAUCAGCUUCGCGCGGGGAUCGGCUCGGAAGAAGCGGAAGAAGGGCGUCGUAGACGAGGCCACCAUGGAAGAGAAGAAGAUCAAGCAUGCGCUGGCGGCACUGGCUGCCAGUGGUGAUGGUGGGGCUGGUGGAAGUGAGCCUGGUGCUGUGGGGUCGGGCGGAGUUGAUGCGGCUGUGGCUGCUGGUGGUGGCGCUGCUGAUGCUGCUGCCGAUGCCCCCGACGCGUCUGCCGAUGUCGCGGAGGCCGCCGGCGCACAAGGCGGCCGAGUAGCGGCGACUACGCUUGUCCGUCUCGGGGCGCUCAAGGACAUUGGCGCGGUGACGGUUGAGUGGAUGAACACCAUGAUCACGCGCGGCGCCCAGCCGUCGAAGCGCCACUCGCACUCUGCGGUCGUUGUGGGCGCUGACAUGUACGUCUUUGGUGGCUCGAUCUCGAUGAAGGAGCGAGUUGCAGACAUGCACUGCCUCAAUCUCGAAACACUGGCCUGGUCGCGGGUCGGCCUCGGCGACGACGCCAGCGCUGCAGCCCGGUCGUCAUCCGAGGUCCCGGACACCCGCUACGCCCACAGCGCAGUAGCCGUCGGCACCUCGAUCUACAUCUUUGGCGGCUCACACUACUCGAUCCACGGGCUUAACGACAUGUAUGUCUUUGACACGCUCACCUCGACGUGGUCACGGGUUGCCACCGUCGGCAUUCCGCCGACCCGCCGCUACUAUCACGCCACCGCUGUGGUUGGCACCGACAUCUACAUCUUUGGUGGCUUUGAUGGCUCGCCGCGCGUCUCGGACGUCCACGUCUUCCGCACGCUUACGUCGACCUGGGAGGCCAUCACCACCUACGGCCCGCAUCCGUCGCCGCGCCAUGGCCACACAGCCGUCACCUGCCCGGCUUUUCCGGGCACCGUCUUUCUCUACGGCGGCUUUGACGGCUCGCAACCAUGGUCCAACGAGCUCUUUGUCUAUGACACUGUCACUGCCACCUUUUCACGCCCGGACGUCCGCACAUCGCUACAUCGCUCGUUUGACGCCAUCGUCGCCUCGGUCCUCACGCCCGACACCGCUGACGCCGACGCCGACGCCGACGCGGAACCGAGCAAGGCGGCGGCGACCGACGGUGACGCGGCCGGUGCUACGCCGACGACGUCUACAGAAGCCAAAGUCAGUGCUUUGCCGGCAACAGGCAGCGGCGAGGCAAGACCGACCCAGCCGGCGGCCGCACGUAAGCCGGCAGGCUCGACUAUCGCACCGGCGCCGGCGCCCGAGCCGGCAGCCGUUCCGCGGCAGCUCGGCCUCGACGACGGCGCCGGCGUGGCCAUGCGUGUCGAGUAA